UCUAUAGGAGGUUUGUUAGGGUUGCACAAGAGGUAACCGAGGCCCCAGCAAUGCUAUUGGAGUGCAUGGCCAAUUACGUCGCAGAGCUAUCUCUAUUAGAGUACAGUAUGUUGAGCUUCGCUCCAUCCUUAAUAGCAGCUUCAUCGAUUUUCUUGGCCAGAUAUAUUCUCCUCCCUACUAAGAGGCCUUGGAAUGCUACCUUGCGGCAUUACACCCUCUACCAACCCUUUGAGCUACGCGACUGUGUGUUGGCGCUACACGGUUUUUGCUGCAACAGUAGCAAUUCAAGCCUGCCUGCAAUUAGGGAGAAGUAUAGCCAGCAUAAGUACAAAAUUGUGGCUAAGAAAAGCUGCCCUCCAUCAAUACCAACAGAGUACUUCCACAAUGUAAGCCGCAGCUAAGGUAGUCUUUGCAAGCUGCAACACCUACAAUGUUGGAUGAUAAUAGAGCUCUGAUAAUUGCUGUAACUCAGUUUUAGCCUCCUAACAUUUGAUGUAUAGAUGAGAUAUCUUGAGAUUUCUCAAUGUUGUUAUGAUCUCAUUUCGAGGUUGGGUUUUUUUUUUAAUACAAAAUUGAGCUCUAGCAAAAUUACAUGUAAAACGACUAUGGCAUUAUUAUUUAUCCCCUUAUUUUAGUGGUUGGGGAUGAAGUUUCAGUGGAUGAAAAAAUCACUUAAACAUUAACAUUUUCCAAGUUCAA